CAAACCCUAAUUUAAGAAAACCCUAAUAACAGCGUUAAAGUUUCAUCGAAGAAAUUAGAAAGUGAUGAUUUUUCUGCCAGACUCGCUUCAUAUUGAUUCGGGUAUCAGCAAUUUGCUGCACAUACCAGAAGCCCUCGAGAAGAUGGCGGCAUUUCAGCCAGCUCGGGGCCAUGACGGCCAACGUAUCUACGACGGUGGUAGCCGCGCCGGAGAUGAUGGGGGGAUUGGCAACGUGCCGGUUGACAUUCUCGAAAACGCUAAUAACUAUACUUUCUUCUUUGACGUUCCCGGCCUCCCGAAGUCGGAGAUCCAGGUGAACCUGGAAAACGAAAAUAUACUGGUUGUUAGGAGCAACGGGAAGAGGAAGAGAGAGGACGGAGAGGAGGAAGAUGGUAAGUAUCUGCGGCUGGAGAGGAAGGCGUCGCCACCGAGGUUUACAAGGAAGUUUCGUCUACCGUAUGACUCUAAUGCUUCUGCGAUCACAGCUAAGUGUGAGGACGGCGUGCUGACGGUGGUGGUGGAGAAGCUGCCGCCGCCGCCAGAGCCGAAGACGGUGGAGGUGACGGUGGUCUGAGAGGGGAACGGGGUACUCGGAAUUUGUAGGUUUUUAGGGUUUGUGAAGGUGUCGGGAGGGUGUUCUCUCUCUGGCUCUCUCUCUUGAUGUUUGUUUUCUAGUUUAUUUUUGUAAAAGAAUGGUCAUUUUGUAGUUUUCUUCUUGGGUAAUUUUGGUUCGCUUCAAAGAGAAGUGCUUUGAUGCUUGUUUUAGAA